GCUAUAUGAUGAAACCGGAUUUGCAGAAGCAUGCCCAACCACUUAGCGAUCAAUCAUUUUCACUCAAAAACGCGCAUUCUGAGUUUUAUACAGCUUGGUCAAGUGUCAGUACGCUAACGAAGCACGCCCUGAUCUCGAAGUGGUCGAAUCCGUGCAAGUACAAUAUCACAGAGAAGGGUGUCUUACUUGCUGCUAGAAUAUUAUCUGUGGAAAACAAUGAAUAUUCACAAAAUAUCUCAGGCAAUUCAACAAGAAGAAAAGAAUCCCCGUCAACCUCAACUCAACUGGGGACCUCUUGUCAACUUGGGACCUCCUGUCAACUUGGGACCUCCAGUCAACUUGGGACCUCUUGUCAACUUGGGACCUCUAGUCAACCUGGGACCUCCAGUCUACCUGGGACCUCCAGUCUUCCUGGGACCUCCAGUCUACCUGGGACCUCCAGUCUACCUGGGACCUCUUGUCAACUUGGGACCUUCAGUCUACCUGGGACCUCCAGUCUUCCUGGGACCUCAAGCCGAACCAGUGAAGGCAAUUUUGAUAUUAAUCUGACAGAUUUAAGCUUUUCGGACUCAUUCUCUCUUCCUCCUGAUGACCAGGAGAAAGCUUCAGGUUCAAACUUCUCCGGAGCAGAUUUGAGAGGUCCGGGUUCCCUCAGAUACUUGACAGAUUUACCAGAUGAGGUUCUUAACCCUGUUCAUAAACUACAGAAGAAUUUGACUGUUUGUGAAGCUAUGAGUGCUCCAAGACAGAAUAGGAAUAACUCUGAGUUUACUUUAAAACGCGGAUCCUUUGAUAUUCUGCUGUGUGUUGACAACACUGAAAUAACAGGAGGAGGAGCAGGGGGAAGGAAAACAUUAAAGCAGGAGACAGUCCGCCAUCUUGAAUCGUGUAGUGUACAGUAUGACCGGCGUAAUCUCAAUAUCGGGGAUUUUCUCUGGAUUGCCAGGGAGAGAGUUCAACCUAUUCCAGGGCAGUUCCAACAGCGUGCACCGAGAGAACUGGUUCUCCCUUUUCUAGUGGAAAGAAAACGUUUAGACGACCUGUGGAGUAGUGUAAAGGAUGGAAGAUACGAAGAACAGAAGUUUAGAAUGAAAUCCAGCGGAUUAACUCAUCUCUAUUAUCUUAUAGAAGAUUUCUCUGUCCAGAAACAAAACUGGGGACAGGCGCGUGGAGGGAUGGUGACUGAAGCUGCCAUUAACCAGGCAAUAGCAAACACUGCAGUACAGGAGGGAUUUUCUGUUGUCCGGACCAAAGAUCAGAAGGGUACAAUUGAGUACUUAACACUGUUCACAAGGUUGCUAGAAAAUAAAUACAGUGCACUGGAUUUAAAAAGUUGUACUCAGGUUGAUCUAUCCGAAGGUUUGGUGACUGAUAGAGAUCAUACCCUGUUAACCUUUCAGGAGAUGAAUAAUAGUUCGAGAAAAAACCGCAAGAUGUCUCUGAAGGAAAUAUUUGCCAAAAUGCUACUAAAACUUAAGGGAUUGACUGUUGAUAUGGCACAGGGAAUUGUGGAAGAAUUUAAGACACCAAAACUGUUCAGAGAUGCUCUUCUUAGUGUAGAUUCUCAGCAGCAGCAACUUCAACUCAUUCAGGAUAUCAGCUAUGGGUUGCAGAGUAAGAGAAAGAUUCCUAAGGCUCUCGCUGAGGCUCUGCUCAAGUUUUGGACUCAGUUGGAUAUUUCCUAGUUUUUCUUUAAUUUCGUUAAAUGUUUUUUUGGUUUAAAAAUGUUUUUUCUUCGUUCAUCUUUUAUUUCGGAGGUCUUCUUUUUUUUCAUAUAAACGGAUAUUUUUAAGCCUGAAUUUUGUCCUAAUUUUGAAAGUUUUUGGUUUUCUGAAUUACAUAAUUUGCAUUCAUUAGAUAUAAGUUUCUUUACAAAUUUGAAUGUAGAUAAUAUUUAUACGUAAUGAUUAAAAGGAUAUGCACGUAUAAAAGAAAACCUGUUUGUGUUG